AGCUGUUUUCAGCAACCUGCUGUCCUUUAAUGAAGGAAAGUCUCCAAGAGAUCCACAUUUUCUCAUCAAAUGCCUGUCAGUCUUUGGAUUUAAAUCUUUCAGCUGCUCAAGAAUGACCACUUUGGUUUUCUCAAACCUUGGGUUCCUAAAUAUUGUGAUUGCGGCGUUAACUGGCUUGAGCCACAGCAGUCCAAUCAAGCCUGCAGAGACUUACCACAGGACAUCUGUCAGCAUGGAUGUGAUCAACAGUCCUCUCCACAGUGCACAGGACUUUUUGAGCCAGUUUCUGUCAAUACUGAACCUCACCAGGGUAAGGCCCCAGCCUUGGAUGCCUACAGCCCAGAAAGAGCCACUUCCAGAGUAUAUGCUGGAGCUCUACAACCGAUUUGCCAAUGACCGCACUGCAAUGCCGUCUGCCAACAUUGUGCGCAGUUUCAAGAAUGAAGAUUCUUCCCCCCGAAGUAUAAGAGCCACUGGUGUAUGGAUACAUCCCCUCCUAUUCAAUAUCUCCAUGCCACACUAUGAGCAUAUUACAAUGGCGGAGCUUCGACUCUUCAUGCUUGUGCGGAAGGCCCAAAGACCACAUGCCGUUUUCAGAUGCAAGGUGACAAUCUACAAGAUACACGAUGGUGUUGUUUGGACAAAAGAGGUGGGGAAAGAAGGGAGAGAGAGGGAUAAAGAGGAGGUGGAGGCGAUGAAGGAUUUGGAGGAACUGGUGACAAAGCAUAUCCAUGCCAAAGAUAAUAGCUGGGUGUCAUUUGACCUGACUCAUGUGGUGACACUCUGGCGGAAGUCAGGAUGCACAACCCAUAGGCUGGAGGUUCAUAUUGAAAACCUGGGGGCAGAUGAGGAAGGGACCACGAGAGAAGCAAUAGAAAGUGGCAAAAGUGUGUCACAGGUUGAUAUUGACAGGAGCAUGGAGGGGCAACACAAUCCAGUGAUAAUUGUGUUCUCAGAUGACCAGAGCAGAGAUCACAAAGAAGACAGACAAGAGCUAAGUCAGAUGAUUAAGCAUGAGAAUGACCUUCCUGAUAACGUGAUAAACCAGAAAGCUCUUCAUGACCGUGCAAAUCCCAACUCUGACCACCCUGAACAGGACGAGCUGGACCACCAGUCUGCCUUGGAGAUGCGGUCCAAUCUUAUCUACGACACGCCUCCUCGAAUCCGCCGCAGCGCCAACACCGAGUCAUGCAGGCGGUCACCCCUUUUUGUGGAUUUUAAAGACAUUGGCUGGGACUCGUGGAUUAUCCAGCCUUUGGGGUAUGAAGCGUACAAGUGCAACGGCGUGUGCAGCCCACCCAUGACCUCAGAGGUUUCUCCCACCAAGCAUGCCAUAGUGCAGACUCGACUGAGCCUCAGGCGCCCCGAACGAGCAUCUGCUGCCUGCUGUGUUCCAACAAAGCUGGAGCCAAUCUCCCUCCUUUAUCACGAUAAUGGAGUGGUUACCUUCAACCACAAGUAUGAGGGGAUGGUGGUGGCAGAAUGUGGCUGCAGAUAACGUCACAGAGAAAAACAGACUUUUAGUUGAAGAUCUAAAUCCAUCAAUCUAUUUUAUCAUGCUCUUAUGCUUGUUUCCAGAUUUCAUGCAGUGGACUAAUUGUAAAUGAGGGAUGAAAACUUGAUGGAAAUUUACAGCUGUAUAAAGGCAAACCCCCGAGUGUUUUUUAAAUUUAGAUCAGAAACACUUUGAACUGAUGCAACAAAGUGUUUCAUAUUAGUCUAUCACAGCUCCAUAUCCAUUUUUUGCCUUUCAUCGUGUUUUGAAAGCACUUCAAUUUAUCGUUAUAUAUUACAAUGGAUUGCCAUAUUUAUACAGUGUUAAAAAAAACUUUCAAAAUAUUUCAAAGCCAUUUAACUUUUUCUCAUUUUGUCACAUUGCAACUAUAAAUUUCAGUGUAUACAGUACAUUGGAAGUUUUAGCAUAGUGGCCUAUGAUUAAUCCAGUUUUAAUGUCAGAUGGACAGCUAUUAACUGUGCAUUGCCAUUAUUAUUUUAAAAAGAAAACCCUGUAAAUAUUUUCACCAAAAUGUGCAAACAUUUAGGAGAUAUAAUCCAAAAGACUUGCAGCUGUAGUUACAGUGCCCAAGGGUUCUGAAAAGUAUUGACACAGAAUAUACAUCUGCAUCACAGUGUGAUGCAACUUGCAACGUUUUAAAUUUUUUUUUCUACUUUACAAUUUUGUAGGACUGAAAAAUACCUACAAAUCCCAUUAAAAUUCAGUAAUUAUUGUGGUUCCAAAGUGAUAAAAUAUGAAUAAGUUUAACAGGUAUGGAUCAUUUUGUAAGGCACUGCCUAAUGAAAAAAAGUGGGAAACAAGCAGGUUUGGAUUUUUUGAUCAGCAAUUUUAAGUAUAAAAGAAAGUUUUGUCAUAUUUACAGUAAAUAAUCAGGUCAAAAUUAGUAAAACACUGAUUUCAUCUUCUGCAAGAGAAGUGAAAUCUGACUUGUAAAAGAGAAGAACUUUUAUUGUAAUACACACCAGAAAAAAGAAAAUGAAAAACACCUACUUGCCAAGAUGCUUAAGAAAAUUAUGCAUUUACUACAAAACUGUAAAUUAUGAGGUUGUCCUGAGGAAUCUUGGGAUAUUUCAGAUAAGAAGACAAUCGUAAUAUUCUUUCACUGAGAUGCUCGCCAAACUUGUAGAAAACAUGUCUUUCUUAUUUUGGACCACAGAAGGAUUUUCACCCUGCAGGGCAUCUUCUCAACAACAACAACAAAAAAUAUUACUUGUCCUAUCAAAUGUGACUUUCAGCUUCUAUAAAAUCUUUCUUUAUAGAAACAAUUCACAUCUUGGUUUUGUUUUACACAGUGGUGUGAAUAGAAUUGUGCUUACUAAAAUAAAAUAUAU